UUCCUCUCGCAAUCUCUACCUUUUCUCAUUUGCACACGUAACCUACGUGUGCGGCGCGCGUAAUUACGCACAAUCUCUCCCUCCCUCCUUCCCUGCUGCCACUCAGUCAUUCACUCACUCUCUCUCUCCGCACGCACACACGCGCUCCCUCACUUUUCGUGGGAGAAAGUCGGAAGGGGGAGAGAGAAAGAGAGAGAAAGGAGAGUGAGUGAAUUCAGGUCUCUCUCUGCUCUCUCCGCUGUGGGUACUCAUAUCCACUCCGCUGACUCAAUGGGGCUUUAGCACUUGGAAUAUAAAAUCAAAUAUUUAUUGCCCGUACCCCUUUAACUAUUUAAAUUUUGUACAUAGCAUAGGUAGAUAUAGGUAACUUAUUAAAUAAUCGUUAAGUAGAGGUAAAAGACGUCUGCAGAGGCGUGCCUUUUUAUUCAUUUUUUUUGCCUCACAUAAGGUCCAGUCGAAAUUCUCUUCCACUGACUUUCUGUGAGAGAGGAUAUCUAAUUUGAACAUAUCCUACCUUAUAGUCCAGCGUCAAACAAAGACAAAACUAUGGAUAUUCGAGAUUGCCCUUUUCGGAAGAAGCGGAGACCAUGGCGCUUGGACCUUUCCUCUUUUGCCUUGGUAACUCUGGUGCUCGCGCUGUGCCAGCUACCCGUGGCUCGAGCAGAUCCAGUGGAUGUGUUGCGGAUGCUGCAGCUGCCCUCUCUCCCCGAGGGUGUGCGGAAGGUUCCAGGCUUCUGCACCUCCCGCCGUGCCGGCUCCGCUGACCAUGCCUACCGCAUCACCAAGAAGGCCCAGAUCUCUGCCCCCACCAAUCAACUCUUCUCAGGUCGUUUCCCGGAGAACUUCUCCAUUAUGGCUCUGGUCAAGGCCCAUGCGGGCCUCCAGGCCUUCCUGCUGUCCAUCUACAGUGAGCAGGGUGUCCAGCAGCUGGGUGUGGAGCUGGGACGCUCCCCCGUCUUCCUGUACGAGGACCAGACCGGCAAGCCCGCCCCCGAGGACUACCCCCUCUUCAGCGGCAUCAACCUGGCCGACGGCAAGUGGCACCGCAUCGCUAUCUCCGUAUCGAAGAAGAACGUCACCCUGCUCCUGGACUGUAAGAAGCGCAUGACCAAGGCCCUGCCCCGCAGCAACAGCCCCGUGGUGGACACCAAGGGCAUCACCGUGUUCGGAGCACGCCUGCUGGACGAGGAGGUCUUCCAGGGUGAUAUCCAACAGCUGCUGAUCGCAUCCAACCCUCAGGCUGCUUAUGACUUCUGUGAACACUACAGCCCCGACUGUGACUCCCCUCUACCCAAGACCCAGUCCCAGGACCCCAACACAUACGAUGUAGAAACUGCAAAUUCUGAGGCUGGCCACACCCCUACAGGGUCGGAUUAUUAUUAUGAGGAGGCGGUCCUACAGCCAGAGAGUGAGGUGAUUGGACAAGAAGCGACCACUGGCCAGGUGGAGGAGACAUUGGUGGCAGAGGAGGUAGAUUUGGCCAAAGCAGGUGGUGAGGUCGAGGCCUUUACUGAGGAGUAUGUGACUGGAGACCUUGGCAUGAAGGAAUACGACUAUUCCUACAAGGACUACAACGAGCCCCUGCCUGAAGGAGAGACCGACGGCAACAUGGGCCCCGCCCUGUCCGCUGUGACAGACGAGGGAGGCGCCUCAGUGAGUGCCGUAAAAGGAGAGAAGGGAGAGCCUGCUGUCCUUGAGCCUGGUAUGUUGAUUGAUGGACCUCCAGGACCAGAGGGACCAGCAGGUCUCCCCGGACCUAAUGGUCCAUCUGGCCCUCCUGGCUCUGUUGGUGAUCCUGGCGAGAGGGGCCUCCCUGGAAAGGCUGGUAUUGCUGGUGCCGAUGGUGUGCCCGGCCCCCCUGGAACGUCUGUCAUGCUGCCCUUCCGUUUCGGAAGCAGUGGAGGAGACAAGGGUCCCAUCGUCUCAGCACAGGAAGCCCAGGCUCAGGCCAUUCUGUCUCAGGCCAGGCUGGCUCUGAAGGGACCACCUGGACCAAUGGGCUACACUGGACGCUCAGGACCCCUGGGUACCCCUGGAAGUCCUGGGCUGAAGGGUGAGGGUGGGGAUCCUGGACCUCAGGGCCCCAGAGGACCACAGGGUUUGAGCGGACCUCCUGGCAAAUCAGGAAGAAGGGGUCGUGCUGGAGCUGAUGGCGCCAGAGGCAUGCCAGGAGAGGGUGGGCCUAAGGGUGACCGUGGUUUCGAUGGCCUGCCUGGAUUGCCUGGGGACAAAGGACACAGAGGUGAUACCGGAGGACUGGGACCCCCAGGAGGUCCUGGAGAGGACGGAGAGAGGGGAGACGAUGGAGACAUUGGACCCAGGGGACUUCCAGGUGAACCAGGACCUCGUGGUUUGCUCGGGCCUAAAGGUCCUAACGGAAUCCCCGGACCUCCUGGUGUGCGUGGAAACGACGGGCCCCAUGGUCCUAAAGGAAACUUGGGUCCCCAAGGAGAGCCAGGCCCCCCAGGACAGCAGGGUACCUCAGGAACACAGGGAAUGCCAGGGCCACAGGGAGCCCAUGGGCCCCCAGGAGAGAAGGGCCCCACAGGAAAACCCGGUCUGCCAGGAAUGCCCGGAGCCGACGGCCCUCCUGGUCACCCAGGAAAGGAGGGACCUGUUGGCACCAAAGGAAACCAGGGUCCCAACGGUCCUCAGGGAACUAUUGGCUAUCCUGGCCCUCGUGGCAUUAAGGGAACUCAAGGUAUCCGUGGACUGAAGGGUCACAAAGGAGAAAAGGGAGAAGAUGGCUUCCCUGGAAUCAAAGGAGACUUUGGUGUCAAGGGGGAGAGAGGAGAGGGUGGAGUGCCCGGCCCCAGGGGAGAGGACGGUCCUGAGGGGCCAAAGGGCCGUGUUGGGCCCCCCGGCGAGCUCGGACCCAUCGGUCUGGUCGGAGAGAAGGGUAAACUUGGUGUCCCUGGACUUCCUGGCUAUCCUGGAAGACUUGGACCUAAGGGCUCCCUCGGUUUCCCAGGAUUCCCUGGAACCAACGGCGAGAAAGGAACAAGGGGUCUAAUUGGAAAGUCAGGACCUAGAGGACAAAGAGGACCAACGGGCCCCAGAGGUCAGAGAGGGCCAAGAGGAUCUACUGGCAAAUCAGGAGCCAAAGGUACAUCAGGAAGUGACGGCCCAUCUGGUCCACCAGGAGAGAGGGGACUGCCCGGACCUCAAGGAGCAAACGGUUUCCCUGGGCCAAAGGGACCUCCCGGACCACCAGGAAAGGAUGGACUGCCCGGACACCCUGGACAGAGAGGAGAAGUUGGAUUCCAAGGAAAGACUGGGCCACCCGGGCCUCCAGGUGUUGUUGGACCUCAGGGUCCCUCAGGAGAGACUGGUCCCCUGGGCGAGCGCGGUCACCCCGGGCCUCCAGGACCACCAGGCGAGCAGGGACUCUCCGGACCCUCUGGCAAGGAGGGAACUAAGGGAGACCCUGGUCCCCCAGGCGGCCCCGGCAAAGACGGACCCCCAGGACUGAGAGGCUUCCCUGGAGAGAGAGGAAUGCCUGGCACCCCGGGAGGCGGCGGACUGAAAGGAAGUGAAGGCCCAGCAGGACCUCCCGGAACAGCUGGAUCCCCAGGUGAGAGAGGACAGGCAGGUAGCGGAGGCCCCAUCGGACCCCCAGGAAGACCCGGCCCCCAGGGGCCUCCAGGACCAUCAGGAGAGAAAGGCGUGCCUGGUGAGAAAGGUCCGAUCGGCCCGGCUGGUCGUGACGGUGUCCAGGGCCCAGUGGGUCUGCCAGGUGCUGCUGGAUCCAUCGGAGUUCCAGGAGAGGAUGGAGACAAGGGUGAGGUUGGAGAGCACGGCCAGAAGGGAGCGAAGGGCGGCAAAGGAGAGCAUGGUCCUCCCGGUCCACCAGGGCCAAUGGGUCCAGUCGGUCAACCCGGCGCUGCUGGAGCUGAUGGAGAACUAGGAGCCAGAGGUCAGCAGGGGCCAUUCGGGGCCAAGGGAGAUGAAGGUUCGAGAGGAUUCCCAGGGGCCCCAGGUCCCAUUGGACUGCAGGGAUUGCCAGGCCCAUCAGGAGAGAAGGGAGAGACUGGAGAUGUCGGACCAAUGGGUCCACCUGGCCCCCCAGGACCCCGUGGCCCUGCUGGUCCCAGCGGCGCUGAUGGUCCUCAAGGUCCUCCUGGUGGUCUGGGUAACCCUGGAAACCUGGGAGAUAAGGGAGAGCCUGGCGAAGCUGGACCACCUGGAAUCGGAGGAGAGCCAGGAAAGAAGGGCCCACGUGGAGAGCACGGUGACAAGGGAGAGGCGGGACAACCUGGUACUUCUGGCCCUGCUGGUGGAAGAGGAGGCCCUGGAGACGACGGACCCAAGGGAAACCCUGGCCCUGUUGGUUUCCCUGGCGACCCCGGUCCCCCUGGUGAACUCGGUCCCAGAGGUCAGGACGGAGCAAAGGGAGAGAGAGGAGAGGACGGUGAACAAGGACAAGCUGGAUCUCCUGGACCCACUGGUGAGAAUGGACCUCCUGGUGGACCUGGAAAGAGGGGUCUUGCUGGAACGAGAGGACCAGAGGGCCGACAGGGAGAGAAGGGAACUAAGGGAGAUCCAGGUGCCAACGGACCUCCAGGAAAGACAGGCCCCGUCGGACCUCAGGGUCAACCAGGAAAACCAGGAACUGAGGGUCUGAGAGGACUCCCUGGAUCAGUGGGCGAGCAAGGUUCUCCAGGCCUUUCCGGACAGAAGGGACCUCCCGGACCACUGGGACCACCAGGCUUGCCAGGACUGCGCGGCGAGGGCGGUGACAAGGGAGAGAAGGGCCACUCGGGUCUGAUCGGUCUGAUUGGGCCCCCUGGAGAACAGGGAGAGAAGGGAGACAGGGGACUGCCAGGGCCACAGGGGACACACGGGUCCAAGGGAGAGACUGGUGUCUCUGGAGGCAAUGGGCCUAUCGGUCCUGCUGGUCCCGCUGGUAUGCCUGGUCCCCAAGGUGUCAAGGGAGCUAAGGGUGCUACAGGAGGAGCUGGUCCCAAGGGAGAGAAGGGUGUCUCAGGACCCCCCGGACCUCCAGGUCCUCCAGGCGACGUCAUCCAGCCACUGCCCAUCCAAAUCUCCAAGAAGUCCAAGCGCUCCAUUGACGCCAGCCGGAUGCUGUCCGAGACAGACGCAGAGUCUGCCGCAGCCGACGCCCCCGGCACAGAGUUCCUGACAGGGAGUGAGGGCAUGGAGGAGAUCUUCGGCUCACUGAACUCGCUGCGACAGGAGAUCGAGACCAUGCGCUUCCCUCUGGGCACCCAGGACAGCCCCGCACGCACCUGCCAGGACCUCAAACUCAGCCAGCCAGAGCUCAAAGACGGAGAGUACUGGAUCGACCCCAACCAGGGUUGCUCUCGCGACUCUCUCAAGGUGUUCUGCAACUUCACUGCCGGUGGGGAGACCUGCCUGUACCCCAGUAAGAGCGUGGACACGGUAAAGCUCAACUCUUGGACCACGGAGAAACCAGGCUCCUGGUACAGUGAGUUUGCAACUGGCAGCAAGCUCUCGUACGUGGACUCUAAUGGCGAGCCGAUCGGCGUGGUCCAGUUGGGCUUCCUGCGGCUGCUGAGCGUCCAGGCCCGCCAGAACCUCACCUACCACUGCCACCACUCCGUGGCCUGGGCCGACCGCACGGCCAAUAACGGCCACAAGAGGGCGCUGCACUUCCAGGGCGCUAACGAUGAGGACCUCAGCUACGAGACCAGCCCAUACAUCAAGGCCCUGCUCGACGGCUGCUCUUAUCGUAAGGGCUUCGACAGGACAGUGGUGGAGGUGAACACGCCCCAGGUGGAACAGCUACCUCUGCGGGACCUCAAGAUCACAGACUUUGGGGAGAGCAACCAGAAAUUUGGCUUUGAAGUGGGACCUGUCUGUUUCCUGGGCUAAAACACCGUACAGAGAAAUGAGAAACACAGACACAUAUAGAAUAUACACUUACACACACUCUGUCACACACACUCAUGCACUUAACACAAACAUUGACACAUUUAUAUAGACAUACCAAUAUACAGUACAUGCCCAGUAAUUUGUACAUUUAUUUCAUGAUAUCAAGCACACAUUCUCACACACACACACAAAUACUGUUAUGAAACAGACAUGCACUCACUCAAGUACAUGCCCAGGGGAAAACAUCUCCCAAUUAGAAAUGGACGACAAGAGAAAAGUAGAAUACAAACAUUCUCGCGAAGAGGAGACCAAAGAUCGAUUGCAAGAAUGAGAGAUGGCGUUCAGACCAAUAACCGAAUAAAACAGUGUUCUUUUCCAACGAACAGCUGGGUCAAAGACCCGUCUCCUCCUUCCGUACACUCCAGAGCCCCCUGUCGCGGACCCCCCUCUCACUCCUCUCUCCUUCCCGCUGUCUCUCUAUCGAGUUGUCUCACCCACUCUACCUCUCUGCUUCACCCUCACCACACACUUUUACCUCUCCUGCAUUCAAGCCCCGCCCCAUCCUACGCCUAAUUUUCUGCCUCAACCAAUGAAAGAAUGGGAGUUCCACGAAGAGCAUUUCGGACCGAAUAACAGCCAAGCCUGUAGCCAACCAGGCCUGACGGAUCAGAGACGACCUGGAAAGUCUACUGUACGUCCAUGUUGUCUAGCUAAGUGAAUAGUCUAUUCACCAUCUCCACAGUGACAUUCUGUACCAAACAAACCAUGAUAUCACACAACUAUACCAGCCUAACAUUACAGUUAUCCGAAAGCAGGUCAAAUAUAAUAUAGGCGGAUGAAUAGAAACUUUGCUGUGCUUUGUGGAGAUCGAAUGGAGUGGAAGUAAAGCUGUGAGAUCUCUAGUUUAAUGCGGCUUUAACCUAAGGUGUGAAUAUGAACAGCUCUUUACUCAGUACUGUAACAAUAAAUUCCUAACAGCAAUGUACUGUCUCUGAACUGUAUGGCUGUUUAUUAUUGGGCCAAUAAUGUUGCAUGCAAUGGGACGGAAGGGUGUCUAUGCCUUCUCCAAGUAUCAAUGAAUCAAAAGCCAUUAACCUUGUAAAUUGUACUGAACUUGAUGUAUGAUACAUGUAUUUUUUAUAAUUGUUACAACUGUCAUACACAGGUCAGAACUGUAGUUCCUAGACCAGCGAAUAGGCCACAAUGCCAUCAAACCAGUCCAGUACUCAGCCUGGAAUUUGAUUCUUGUUUUAUGUAGAACACAGGUUACAUUCCAGGAUUUGUGACAUUCCAUCUCUUUUCAAGCACGGAAUGUAUCAGGGUUAAAUAUGUAUAUGAGCUUAAUAGAUGACGACCAAAAGUUCUCUCUUACAACAGUGAAUAAAUGAAUGCUUUCAAAAACUGUGGCAAGGUGCUAAUUAUACCAAAGCGUUAAUAUAUUCAGCAUGAAUAAUUCAAGUUUGUCUCCAUCACAGCCACAUGAUGCUGUCACCAGUUCUCCUACUGGAAAUGUGCAUUAGAAUCCAUUUGUACAGACAGUGAUAUUCUAUUGUAUUUAUUGAAACCAAACAGGGUGCUUUAAACAAAGACAAAACAAAUAUGCCAGUCGAAUGUGGUAUUUCAUUUUGUAUUUAUUUCCUGUAGUUCUCACUUGACGGUCUUAAAACAAUUAAAUACAUAUUAAACUAACACUAACCCGAGUUAUCUGUGCACACCCCCUUGGUCUAUGCAUGUCAACAGUUCUGGUGGGGAAAAAACAACAUUUGUGGCCAUAUCUCAUUGUAACCCUUUAGCAUUCAUCGACUGUACUGUGCUGUUACGAUUGCUUCUGUUGUAAUUAUUAAAUGGUGACUCUCCAAUGUGGUCACCCACUGCUGGGCUGAGCCGUGCUGCAGGUGUAUUGCGAGGGCGACAAACAGACACCGGGAUUCUACGGUUGUGAGAACACAGCGAGCAGGGGACAGCUAGUGGGAGGGAGGGGAAAUUCUAGCAACCACAUGGGUAAAAAUUACUAAGAUUUUGUUUAUAAGUAAUGUAAUGUGGCUAUGGGGUUGUAUAUCAUUAUGGGUAUUUUUGGUUUGUUUUGUUUUGUUUUUCUUUUGAUAUUGCAGAGAGGGGGGGAUUGGCAAACUAAAACCCAAGGUGGAAAAAUAAUGUCCUUGUGAUUCUCAAGAGAAAAUUACAUCAAUUUUUGUUUGUUUGUUGUUAAAGACAAACAAAUGUUUCAACAAAAUAUGGUGCUGAAAAGACAAAAAGUAUUAUUUUAUAAUGUGUGUAAGUAAUUUUAAAUGUUUUGUUUCUGUAAUAUAUAAUCUUUUUAAAAAGAGCUUCUUGACUCCCUUGUUUUUUUCCUAGUUCCUCUCCGGUUUCAUCCUCUCAAAUGGCAGGAGUUGCAUGUUACCCGGAGCUACACAAUAGCUAGUAAUUAUUUUAUUCCUCUUCAUUCUGCAUACAGCAGCUCAGAAAGCUGAACAAAACCACAUCAUUCACACAUCUCCAGUGAACUUACCACAGAAUCAGUCACAUCCCAACCUUAUUUCCACUAUAUAUCACCUCACCACCCCAAUAGAUCACUUCUAGUGUUUACACCCGUUUGAUUCUGAUCUAUGGCUGCCUCGCUCUCCCAACCUUUUCCCCCUCUACAGUCCACUGCUCUGUCUUGUUUUCCUUCUGCUAAGUUUUCUGUUGGUUUUUGUUUCGCUUUAGUUUCACUGUCUUGGUUUGUUCUUGGCUUGUUGUUUUCUGUUCAACGUCUCCAAUUAAACCACAUGCCAACGCA